CUGACCCCAAUCAUCUGUCGGAAACGCAGAGUGCAGUGGGGUCAUCAUCUUACUUACCGGGUUAGCUGGAGGUUAUUGGCUAACUUUGGCACUCUUGGGAUGCUGCAGAGACACACAGGCACUUGCGUCUUCCUGAGUGCUCUGGAACUCUCUCCAGGACGUCACAGCGCAUUUGUUUCUGAUAAACCUGAAUAGGUGUAUAUUUCGAUCUUUAAACUGAUUGCAGCUGAAUUCUGGGUGGGGACCAUUCUGUUGUUUCCGAGAAAGCUUUAGUUGCCUCAGGUUUCAGGUUCGUCUUCAUUCUUACGUUUCACCCUUUGGUCAUGAUUCUGUAAAAUAACCAAUUAGCUGUUGAGUAAUGGGUCUGUUUCUGGUGUAUAGUUUUAUUUUGUCCCACAUUCCAAAAGUGUUUGCUUUUUUAAAUAUAACCCUCGAGAUAAGCAUGAUUAUUCCCAGGAGUGCAGUUUGUGUGAGUCACCUAGCCUCUAGGGUUUGAUUCGCCGGGGGCGUCGUCGCGGAUGGCUGUGGUGUUGGCUAUCUGUCGUAAGCCCCAUCAUCUUUAGCCAGAACCUGCAGCCUAUGUACUUUUGGUCUGGGCAGCAUGGGGCUCUGUGGGGGCGGAUCCCCGCUAAUUAAAGUCUCAAUUGCCUGUGCCAUAUGGACAGACGGUCAUCGGCCCCCAGCCCGUUCCUGCUCGGGUGCCACUCGACCUGUGCGUGGGCUGCGGAUUACAGCAUACUGAGCUCCUAAUCGCAGUUUAUGCUUCCUCUCCAAACUGUAACCACCGUUCAGUGCAUUAAUGUGUAAUAUGAAAACCAUUGAAUCACUGCUGGUGCUGCAGGGGGAUCCUCUGUGUUUUAAGCUGCUUAGUGUCCCUCAGCUGUCCCUGGAGCCACAUUCAAGAUUCCUGCUUUUCAUCCUGGUGUUGGUUUUGGCUUGAGUUGCAGCCCCCUUUUUCCCCACCAGAGGCCCUUGUUCCUGCUUACGUGAAAUUUGUAUUGCUCAGUUUUAAGAGGUGUUUGUCUGUCUGUGAUAAAUGUUUAAUAAGCAGUUACUGCGUUGGAAUUUUCUCUUUUUUUUACAUUGUUGUCCAGAGUAUGGUGAGCGUGGUGUUAGUACCCUGAGCUCUUUGAUCAGCUUGCCUGAGUAAUAGCUGAAAUUUAUUAAAUACAGGCGUUGCUUGGUGCAGAGAAUAGUCAGGAAUUUAAGUCAGAGUUGCAGAAUUGGUCAGAGCAUACCCUUGCGGUGAUUGCUGAGGAAGAAUAAAUGGACAAACAUUCAUUAAGGUAGUUCGUUGGCUAGUGUUGUUCCACGAAGUUGCUGACUGGCUCUCUUGUGCCCCCUGGGUGGUCGUGAAUGUAACUCACACCAUCUGGCACCGCACCACUGUCUGGCACGGGGAAGCAGCCUGACCUCGCGAGCCAGCGCCUUCUAAGCUCGCUGACAUCAUUCCGGGUCACCACCUCUGCGAAGCCGUGAAGUUCAUCAGGAGGCAGUGAUUUCAUCCAUGAGGAAUAUGGCCCUGUGACCUGGCGGGUGGGACGAGGGGGGUUGUUUUCGGCAAGCCGGCUGGUAUGAUGAACCAAGGCAUCACGUCAUAGAACUUUAUAUCAACACAUGCUGGCUCGGGCUUGACUUGGAGCAAACGAACAAACAGUGUGCUUCAGGCGUAGCUUGGAAGAGUGUCUGCCAUGAUGGCUUAGGACGCUGAAGGGAGCCGGUCGCAAGGCCCUGUGCGUUAAACUAUUAAAGAGCCCAUGAAGGAUAUGUUGGCAUGAUUAAUAAUGCAUGCAGCAGGAUGCUGAGGACUAUUUAAAGCAGUACCUUUUCUGCCUCAUUGUUUCUAUGGGCUAGAGCAGUUUAAGAGUGGGGCCCUCAGUCCUGCAUAUUACAUGUCAUGUGGAAAGUCCUUUCACGUGUUUGUGCAGUAUCCCCAGCCGGCUAAUGGCUGCAGCCGUAAAAUGACACCUCGCUGACGCAGGCUGUGUAAAUUAAACGUGUCCCCCACCCACCUCAUGUUCCUCAGCUCUCCCUUUUCUCUCUGUGCUUCACUCCAAAAAAAAUGACGUCUUUCUUCGUAAAUAGAUCUGUCGUCUCGCGUGCUGUGCUUGUUGUGGGGAUCGGGCAGGGGGGGCAGAUUGCAGUCCCAGACAGCUGGUUGUAAAAGCUGACACCCAAUCAGGCUACCGUGCACUGUGGGAUUCUCACAUGUGCGCCUUGCUCAGUUUAGCAGCCGCUUUGACCCAGCCUGAAUGGAGGAGGGGGCUUAAAUGCGACACCUUAAUCCCACUAGGUGAAUAUUUCUAGGUGCCGGGCGCAUACUGGCACUCGCAAGGUUUGUUUUGGUGCCGGGUGCUGCUGACAUGCCGUUACUCAUGGUCAGGGUAUGCUGGGGUGGGGGGUAUUAUUAGACCUGUUUUCCAAUCAGUCAUCUGGAAGGUAGGGAGGGUCAAAAAAUAGAGGUGAGCAGCAGUGCAGGGGGCCGCCUGCGCAGUGUUGGCUGGGAUAUGUGGGAGCUGGGUGGGCGUGCGUAUUUACAGAGCGAGGUGGGCCAGGUGUGCCAUUCGGUGAGCAGAGAGUGCUGCCUCCAAGAGCGAGAGAGAGAGAGACAGGGUGUGUGAGUGACUCGGGCUUUCGGCACAGAAGCUCAGCCCACAGGAGGAGCCGCCCCAGUGCUCUCCUCCCGCCUCAGGACAGCCGGUGGAGCUGCUAUGCAGCCGCAGACAGCAGCAGCGGCAAGCCCGGGAGCACUUGCACGACGCACCUCUGCAAGCCGGACGGGUGCCACCACACGCUCCCCAGCAGGAACCUUUUGAGCCGGCUCGGGGCAGUGCCUCGGCAGCCCACACUGGCAGGGAGCUCUUUGGCAGACUGUCCCGCUCCCAGCUGAACAAACGGCCUCUCCGCCAACAUGAGCAGAUGGCUUAAAUGCACCUCCAUGUACUUUAACACGGACUGGAACAAGUAUGACGACCGGUUGAUGAAAGCGGUGGAACGGAGUGAGGUUGACAAGGUGGCCGCCGUGCUCAGCAAGAAGGGCAUCAUCCCCACCAAGCUGGAUGUUGAGGGCCGCUCAGCGUUCCACUUGUCGGCCACCAGAGGGCACCUGGACUGUCUCAACCUCAUCCUGUGCCACGGGGUCGACGUCACAGCCACGGAUGCCGCUGGUAAAAAUGCCCUUCAUUUGGCAGCCCGCAAUGGACACUCACUCUGCGUGCAGAAGCUGCUGCAGCACAACUGUCCUGUGGGGAACUUGGACCUGCAGGGGAGAACAGCUCUGCACGAUGCGGUGAUGGCCGGCUGCUGCUCCAGUGUCAAGCUCCUAUGUGACAGCGGCGCAGCUGUAAACGCCUGCGACUUGGAUGGUCGUACCCCCUUGGUGCUGGCCACCCAGAUGUGCCGUCCCCAGAUCUGCCAGCUACUGCUGGAGCGCGGGGCAGACAUCGGCAUCCGGGACAAGCAGAGCAAGACCGCCCUGAUCCUGGGCUGUGAGUAUUCCUGUAAGGAGGCUGUGGAGGUCCUGCUGCGUGCGGGGGCAGACGUGGCAGCCGUGGACUGUUUUGGCCACGACAGCCUCUACUACGCUCGCAUCUGCAAGAACCCAGAUCUGGUGACGCUGAUCAGAAAUGCAGUGGAGAGCGCUGCUAAAGCUAAAGCUGCAAAGAUGGAGAAACUUCGACGGCUGUCAAUGGAGAUGACUGCAGAAGCAGAAGCCAGCAUCAGGGAUCAGAUUAUACAUGACCUGGAGAGGAAGUUCCUCCAGGAACAGAGGGCUCUGCUGGACAAAGUGAACCUGCUGCAGCAGCAGCUCGGCCAGGAGAAGAUGGCUGUGGAAGACUUGAAAAAAGAGAGGGAGGAGUUGAAGCUGACUCUGUUAGGUCGUGAGAAGGACGAGGGUUCCAGGAGCGGGGACACCGUCAAGGUCCAGCUGAAGAGCCGCUUGGGAGACUACUCUGGCCAGUCUGUGAUAAAAGGCAAAGACAUGCUUGUGAAACAAUCUCACAGUCUGGAUUCUGCACAGAUCCUACAAUCCCCUACGCCACUGCACUCCUUGUCGCGGCCGCUGGACUUCUUGCUGGCGGGGUCAGUCCCAGGAGGGGAGGUGGAGGCGUUGAGGGAGGACCUGGAGGCGACCAGAAAGAGGCAGGAGUCUGCAGAACAGGAAGUCUCUCGGUUACGGGCGGCGCUUGACUGUAAGAGCAGGGAGUUUGAGGAGCUGGCGCGAGACCGCGAUGCGGAGAAGCGAAACUCGGAGCGGCAGGUGCAGGAGCUGGAGCAGGCCCUGAGCGACGUGCAGAAGCGCAUGCUGGAUUCUGAGGCUAAGGUGAAGCAGCUGCAGACACACGUGGUGGCUAUGAAGGAGCACCUGAACAGCCAGGUGGUAGACGACCUAAGGGCCCAACUUAAGGAUGUCAAAGGCAAGUAUGAAGGGGCAUCCACGGAGGUCGGCCGGCUUCGCAACCAUCUGAAGCAGAGCGAGAAGGCCUUGGAGGAGUAUAAGAAGAGCGAGGGCCUGCUUGCUGACGAGAGUGAGAAUCUUACAAAGGAGUUGGAGAAAUCCAAGGUGGAGCGAGAAGAGAUGACCUUGACGUUGAUGGACAUGGAGUCCCUGAUGAAGGAGAUGGAAGUCAGGCAGGCAUCCAUGGUUUUGGGGGAGAAGUUUGACAACAUGAAGAAUCUUCUCACUAAUGCGGUGGAUGAGAAGGAGAAGCAGUUGGCGGAGCUGAGGGAGGAUUACGACCGGGUGCUGGAGGAAGUGGCAGAGCUGCACCGGGAGCUGGAUGGUCAGAAGACCAAUGCUGAGAGGACCAUCCUUCUGCAGGAGCACGAGAAAGUGAGGGUCGCGCUGGAGGAUCAGAACGUGGCUUUGAAGAAGAAGCUGGCAGAUGUGACCUCUAAGAGUCAGGCACUUAUCUGGGAGGUGGAGGAAGGGGAGAAGGAGAAGGGAAUCCUCAGGGGGCGUGUUCAGGAUCUGACCAAGAAGAUGCAGGCGCAGUUCGUGCCCCUCAAGUCCCAUGAGGAUAUGAAGAGAUCUUUGAACCACACCAUAGAAGACUUGAGCAGGCAGCUGGCAGAAGGGGAGCAGAAGAGAAGCCGUGAUGAAGCGGAGCUUCAGAAACUGGAAUUUGAGAGGUCAACACUGUGUGAGAACGUCAACAAUCUACAGAGCCAGUAUGUCCCCCGGGAGAAGUUCAAUCAGGAAGUUGGCAGCCUGAUCUCUCGAAAGGAAGACACAGAGAAGGAGCUGGCAGAGGUUCGAACAAAGUGUCAGGACAAGGAGAAAGAGCUGGAGAAGGUGGUGGCCGACUACACAUCCCUGAAGCAGAGUUUGGAGGGGGAGUACGUGCCAAGGGCUGAGCACGAGAGGGUGAAAACUGAACUGAGUGCUGCUUUGGGUGAAAUGAAGGCAGGAAGCUGUGAUUUGGAGAAACGGGUCAAGGAAGGAGAGGAAGAGCUGCGGCGGGCGAAGGAGAGAAGUGAAAUGUUGAGCAAAAAGCUGCAGGGUGCCCAGACUACACUGGAAAAGGAUUAUGUCAGUUUUAAAGAGUAUGAGGAAAUGAGGAGCAGGUUGGCUGGCGAGGUCUCUGAGGUGGAGCGCAGGGCAAAGGAGGCACAGGUGAAGUACCAGUGUGCGCAGGAGGAAAUCGAGAGGCUUCAUAAGGAGAUGGAAGAGCAGAAGAGAGAGCUGGAUAUGAUUCAGGAGGCCAUCCAGUCAAGGUUUGUCUCAAAGACUGUCAUUGAGGAAAAAGAGAAGUCAUUCAAGUCCACCUUGAAGGACUUAACUGAACAGCUGGAAGAGAUGCGGGAGAGAUACAGCCAUGUGGAGAAGGAGGGAGAAUGUCACAAGCAGGAGAAGGAGAAGCUGCAAGUGGAGAUGAAGUCAGUGCAGGGGAGGCUUGAGAUGGGAUUUGUUCCCACUGAAAAGUACCAGGAGGUGGAGGGCAGGAUGAAGGAGCUAAGCCAAGCGCUGCAGGAUGUGCAGCAGCAGCACCAGGAUGUAACGAUGCAGAAGAACAAGCUGGAGGAGCAGACUGCUGAGAGAGACGCUGCGAUCCAAGCCCUGCAGCGCAAGAUGGACACAGAGUAUGUGCCUUCGGAGAAGUUUGAGGCCAUGCAGCAGUCAUUGCGUGGCACCCUGCAGCAGGUGCAGCAGGAAUGCGAGCAUGUGUCCGAGGCCUAUCGGCACGAAAUGGGCAGGGCGAAUGCCCUGGAGGAGGGAUUGAAAGCCCACAGCCAAGACACCGCCCUACUUACAGAGCUCCUUACCUGUAAGGAGGCUCUGCAGCAAGAGGUGGCCAAGCUCAGGCUGGCGCUGCGUGAGGAGCAGGAGAGUUCUGCACAGAAAGCUGAUGAUGUGACCUCCCUCCAGGGUGAGCUCCUCAGGGCCACACAGGCCCUAGAGGAGCUCCAGAGCCAGGGCACCAGUGAGAUGGCUGUAGUCCAUGCCGAGAAGCAGAGGUUUGAGGAGAAGGCUGUGGGCUUGGAGGAGCAGCUGUCGAGUUUGACGAGGCAGUGUGAGGACUUGUACAGAGAAGCUGUUCAGGCUAAGGAGGGGGAGAGCAGGGCGAGGUCCGAGACGGAGACCUUUCAGGUUAAGAGCUUGUCCAUCGAGAACGAGAUCAAAGAGCUGAAGAAGAGGUACGACGACUCCCUCAGCACUAUAGAAGACCUGCAGAAGAGAAUCCAGACGUCCUCAGAGCAAACAGAAAUUAAAGAUAAGAAGAUCACAGAGCUGCUGACAGACGUGGAGCGGCUGAAGCAGGCUCUGAACAGGCUCUCCCAGCUGGCCUACGCGGGCAGCACUCCCAACAAGAGGCAGACGCAGCACGUGGACACACUCCAGGCCCAGAUCAAGGGCCUACAGCAGCAGCUGGCUGAUGCCGAGAGGCAGCACAGGGAAGUGGUGUCCAUAUACAGAACUCAUCUCCUAAGCGCGGCGCAGGGCCACAUGGAUGCAGAUGUCCAGGCGGCACUGCUGCAGAUCAUCCGCAUGAGGCAGCAGUUCGUCUGCUGAUUGCUCUGCUCGAGAGGCACUUCCCUGAGUGCUGUUGACAAGCCGAAACCCCCCCCCCCACCGUGCGCCCGGAGCGCCUCGCCAGCCAAUCAGAAUGUCUCCUUAGCUUCUGUGUAUACUACACUGUCCUGUUCAGGUGAACCGAUAUCCUGUGACCGAGGCUGUGCUGAGAAGCUAAAUCAGCUUGACUUAGGCUGUUCUUCCCACUAACUUCCAUUUCCUGUUUAUCUGAAGAUUCCUUUUACAUGUAAGCUGUCAUUUCAGGACUAGCGGGCCACUUUAUAUGGAUUUAAUAAGAACGUCUGUGUCUGCAGGACACAAGCUUGAUAUAAAAGUCUGUUUUUUUUUUUUUUUGCUGCUGGACAAAAACUUGUGAAGAGCCAGACAGUCAGGGGUUUGACCUUGUGAUUUCAAAGUAUAAUGUUUGCCUUAAAUGCUUCUGACUGAAAGGAACCGAACUUGUUUUCCUCUGAAUGUCUGUGUGAUCUGAAGGUCUUGGCAGUGAACCCAAACUAUAGCCCAGUCCUGCUAGGUGUGUAUUCAUACAAUGCGGAGGUAAGGUCCGUCAGCCUCACGGAGUCUCCGGUCACUGUUGUGCUGGUAAUUUAAUCUGAUGCCCGUUUCUGCAGAACCUCCAGCACCCUCUGGGUGUCUGGGCUGUAAUAUUCAUUCCCCCAUUGAAGCUGCUGUCUUCUUUCUGUGAACUUUGCGGAGCCUCUGUAUUUAAUACUGUAUCUGGCUCACUGAAAGCUAAGAGUGUGCCUUCCUUGAGGGGCGGGGCCAGCGUUCCCACGGCAGCACUGUACACUGCACUGCCUCUGGUUGUAGCGAGACUGCCCCCUUGUGGUGUGGCUUGGCUGGCCAAGUUACCUGUGUAAUUAUUACUAGCUUUUAAUUUUCUAGUUUAUAAUGGAUUUGAGAUUCAAUAUGACUUUUGUGCAUUUUAACAGAUAUAUAUAUAUAUAUAUAUUUUUCGAUAAUUGCUUUGUAAUACUUUUGAUUAAUAAACACGCAUUGAGCAGGGCUGGAGUCUGCUGACACGAUGCUGCAGGCCAUAUUCUUCAAGCUGUGUCACAGGUGUAGGAUCUACACCUCCAUUCUCAGUUUUUUCUAAAAAGCCUUUUUCGUUUAGCUUUCAUGGAUGUUGUAAAUCCAUUGCUGGUUUUUGUUUAAUUUUUAAAUGUAUGUUUAAAAAACAGGCGAGGAUGUUGCAGUGAAGCAAAUGCUUGAUAAUUCUGCCCCCUAGUGUCACACUGUGGGAAGUGUAUGCAUACCUAUUUAAUAUUGCUGUUUAAAACACUACUAAAAUAAGUGUGGAAGAGGUCUGUGUAAAAAUGUGAAAUUUUUAAUAUGCUAAUAUAAGGGUGAUUUCAAGAAACUUGGUAAUAUUAAUAAAAUUGUUACCUCUUAUGUUACUGCAGUUCUACAGCCAUGUUGAAGUUAAUAUACAUUUUGCCAUUUUUUUCUCCUAACCAGAUCUACUUUAUCCAUAAUUUAAGUAUCAAGUAUAUUUACCAUUGAACCCAAGUUAAAGUAUCCAAACAUCUUCACAAUAUACAUUUUUAGCAAGGCCUACUUUUUUUUUUUUUGCCAGUUGUUCGUACUGAUUUUAAUAAAAGUGCCUGUUUUAGAA